UUACACUAUUAUGUACUCUUUACUCCACAGCUCCCAAUUUGAUAUACUCAUGUGACACUUUGUCUCUUUAUUUAUUCAUAUCUAGCCUCUAAAAAUAGUGAGCCCAAUUUUGGUAAAACAGUGAACCCAAAAUCUCAAAUCAUCAUUCGAAAACGCGCUGCAGUCCCUUACCAACGGAGGCUGCUUCGGAUCUUCCGCAUCUACACUACGACCGAACGAGCGGCACGCCUGCGACCCGCCUACCACUGCUUCCGCCGACCACGACCUGUCCGGCUGCCCCUGCUUCUCUCCGACGCAGCUCCGCCGCACUACUCAGCCAGUAAAUCCAUCAGAAGGACUAAUGGCUGGACGUGAUGAUUCAAAUGUGGCAAAAGAAAAAUCAAGCAAUGGAAUAGAUGAGUUGCCAACAUUUAAUGCUGAAAAUAUGCAGAACAAUAUGAAAGUCAUUUACUACAGCCGGACAUUCAUGGCCAUCAUUGGUGGUGUAAUUGCUGGAAUUCUGGGAUUAACCAGCUUGAUGGGGUUUAUAUUUUAUUUCCUUAUCAUGGGAAUUGUGUCAGUAGGGCUGAUUGCAAAGGCAAAAUUUUCUGUCUUUGCAUACUUUGACAGCUGGAACAGGAUCAUUCUUGAUGGAUUCCUUGGGGGACUCUUGUCGUUUGUGCUAUUCUGGACACUUGCUUACGAUAUUGUGCACAUAUUCUAAGGCCCUUGAAUCCUAAGGAGAUCAGUAGCCAGAGAGACAACUAUCAAAAGCUUGGCCCUAGACAACAUCUCGGAGAGUUGAAGUUUACAUUUGAAAUUUUUAUGCUCUUGAUUUUGUUGGCAAAUUUAUCAGUUCCAAAGAUUGUUAAGCUGAAUUUAAGAAGUGUUUUUUCUGUUCUGUAUUUCAUAAGAUGCGUAUGCAUGAGAAAGCUUUUAAUUGUUUGGUGCAUAUACAUAUUUACCGUUAGAUCCAAAAUGGACAACAUAAGGACCUUUUUUUUGGAAAUUACUACGUAUCUAUCAUCUUUUUUUUUUUUUUUUUUUUUUUUUACUUUUUUAGUGUAUCUUCACAUUGGCAUCUUUAAAAAUGCCUUCUAUUGUCCCAAAAGAAAAUGCCUUUUAUUUUGGAAUAAAGGUGUGAUUCGUGUAA